UUCUCUUCUUGUUCGAACUUCUAAGCUUUCUCCUCCAUAUUCAUCCACUUCCGGCGGCCUCUGCAGCCCCAUCCGUCGAUCACCGUCGGUCUCCGCCUUCUUCUCCAAUCCAAACACCAGAAUGAACCCGAUGAAUUUCUCGACACUCUGCAGAAGUGUAGGUCUCAGGGAGAUGGUUUCAUCAGUUCCUGUCUAUAUUGGUGCUAGCGAGAUUUCUGGAGGACUGACCUUGAUUUUUAGGCGUUGGGCCACAAAAAAGACUGCAGGUUCUACAAAGAAUGGACGAGAUUCAAAUCCAAAGUAUCUUGGUGUGAAGAAGUUUGGGGGAGAGAGGGUGAUACCUGGGAACAUUAUUGUUCGUCAGCGAGGCACCCGGUUCCAUCCUGGAGAUUAUGUUGGAAUGGGGAAGGAUCACACCCUUUUUGCCUUGAAAGAAGGGAAUGUGCGGUUUGAGCGCCACAAGCUGAGUGGCCGUAAGUGGGUGCAUGUCGUCCCCAAGGAAGGUCAUGAUCUUCACCCCCUUUAUUCUACCGCUGAAACCGAAGCUGAGGCAGAAGGUCAGUUGUGCUAGUCAUGUUGGUAUUGAACUUUAGUGUAUUACUUGAAUCUUUUCUAGUAUCUUAGAAUUAUCAACAAGAUUUGUAUCUUUUUCUGGCCUUAAAUUAAUAACACUACUGUGUUUUGCUGUUUUUCCUUAGUUUUGUGUCCGAAAGCAACUUAUUUAUAGUCAGGACCACCUGAGAAAUAAUUAAGAGUGUAUUGUGGUUGUGCUGUGUGUCAGUUGGCUGAAUUCAUUUUUGAAAUUCACAGUUGAUUUUCUUGUGACGCA